UACCUCAUUGUCUGACUCUGCGUUAUGGGGAAGACAGAAAUGCUUUCUCUUUACAAGGGCUUCCUGGACUGCAUCUGCCUCUGCCUGUCUCGGAGAAGCAGUGAGGAGAAACAGGCCAAGAAGGGGAAGGACACAGAGAACGGACACCUCAUUUACAAGCCUGGAGACGUCCUCCAAGACAGAUAUGAGAUCGUCAACACCUUAGGAGAGGGAACGUUUGGGAAGGUGGUGCAAUGUGUGGACAACGGCCGAGGUGGGACACACACCGCACUGAAGAUCAUCAAGAACCUGCAGAAGUACAGAGAGGCGGCCAAGCUGGAGAUCACGGUACUAGAGACCAUCAGCCAGAAGGACCCACACAACAGGCAACUUUGUGUCCAGAUGCUGGACUGGUUCCACUAUGGCGGCCACGUCUGCAUCUCCUUCGAGCUGCUGGCGCUCAGCACCUUUGACUUCCUGAAGAAGAACAACUUCCUGCCGUACCCCGUCCACCAGAUCCGGCAGAUGGCCCAUCAAAUCUGCAGCGCUGUCAAAUUUCUACAUGACAAUCAGCUGACUCACACAGACUUAAAGCCAGAAAACAUCCUCUUUGUUAACUCCGACUACAACGUCAUAUACAACGCUGUCCAGAAGUGUGACGAGCGGAGGAUCAAGGACACGGCCGUGCGCCUGGUGGACUUCGGCAGCGCCACCUUCGACCACGAGCACCACUCCGUAGUCAUCUCCACGCGGCACUACCGUGCCCCCGAGGUCAUCCUUGAGCUGGGCUGGGGUCACCCCUGUGACGUCUGGAGCAUCGGCUGCAUCCUGCUGGAGUACUACGUGGGCGCCACGCUGUUCCAGACUCACGACAACAAGGAGCACCUGGCCAUGAUGCAGCGACUACAGGGACCCCUCCCCCAGAGGAUGGUCCGCUUGAGCAGAAAGCAGAAGUAUUUCUGCCAUGGACGUCUGGAUUGGAACGAGCACUCCAGGGCCGGGCUUUACGUCCAGACCAGAUGCAAACCCCUGAGGAGCUACCUGAAGGCCAAGGCCAUGGACCACUACCAGCUGCUGGACCUGCUGGAGAAGAUGCUGCAGUACGAGCCCUCUGACCGCCUCUCCCUCUCCUCCGCUCUGUCUCACCCCUUCUUCCUCCCCCCCGUCCCCCAGCACAGAUACAGCCAGCUUUGGGGGGGAGCGGUGGUGGCCCCAUCUCCCCUCCCCAACACACUCCCCCUGGAGGCCCAGGGGGCGGAGCCCUGCAUCCCCUGGGAAGCCUUAUAUUUAUAUCAAUGAUCAGGUCGUCAUUGAGUAUCGCGCCUCCUUCUGAGAAUCCCUGGGUUCACUUCUCUACUUCAGCUGCUUUCAAUUCAAAACUAUUACUGUGAAACAGAUCGUCUGGUCACAGGGCUUGAGGUUUUGUUUGGAUAUUGUUUUGGAAAUGGUAACCUGCUCUAUCAAUGAAAAAGGCUUUGCUUCUCCCCACAUCUUUGAUUGACAGUAUCUCCAGCCAAUCAGAGAGGCCUAGUGGUGUAGGAUAGUCAGGUAUUCUUGCCUUUUACCUGUGUAGGGAUUUCCACAUAUCAGUGUUAUAAGCAUCUGUUACCCGUUACAUAAAUGCCAAAGAGAUAAAGUAAAGAAUGGAAGGCGAUUAUUCAACAAAGCCUUCUCAACCUUUUGUAUUAUUGCACCUGUUUCCUGUGUAUAUUUUUUAUUUAAUUAUUUCUUAGCUGUUUUAUAAAAUGACCUAUUGUGAUGUUUUUACGUAUAUGACGAUCCCUGCGUCCAUUGAUUGGUCUGGGGUCUCUAUACACGCUGUGGUGGUGCUCCACAGCCUGUCUCUUGGCAGGGCUCUGGUAGAAUGCAGCUAAGAGGGAGCACCGCCAAAAAUCUCCACCACUAUAUCUCUCUACUCUGCCUGGGCAGAGGUGAAGACUUGUUAUUAGUGUGUGAAUGCCCAAAGCAUGCGCGCGUGCGUGGGUGUGUGCGUGUGUGCGUGCUUGUGUCUGUGUGUGUGUGAAUCUAAAAUUAACCCCACACUAAAACCAAAAUGUGCAGGUGUUAAUGAGUAAGGAUGAGGUUAGAGUAAAGGGAAGGUAGGGGAGUGUAUCUGGUUUUAUAGAGUUGAAGGGCUGUGUUACAAAUACCAACCCCAAAACGUGCAUUUGGUUGCCAUAUUAUUAUUCUAUAGAGCUCUAUGUUGUUCAGUUGUUGGGUUUUACUUUCACUUUCAGCAACCGGUUAUCUAUUUGAGCAGAAUGAAUGGUAAUUGAGGUACAUAUAAUUGAGACCAUGUAAGGGAUGAAUCACGACCGAGAGUCCUGUUAUUGGAGAUAAUUGAUGUGUUUUUGAGUGUUGAGUGUUCACCACCGCACAAUAACUCUCUUCUCCAACGACAGACAUUCUGGAGUGCCUUAUUCCACUUGAACCUCAGUUACCAACAAUGUAAGGCAUUACUCACUUUCAUCUCUAACGUUAUUGGUUUCUAUUGACUUUGGUAGUGGUAAAUGUUGGAUUUGUAGCGCAUUGAUUUUCUACGGUAAAAAGGCAGCGAUGUCCCAUUAUUAAAAAGGAAUGCACACGUUUCAAGCGUAAUUGACCAAUCAGAAAAUAAAAUAUAUUAAAAAAUACUGUGGUAUGAAAACAUUAAUUAUUUAAUUACACUGUUUCCAUUUCCAUGUAUGUGUUUGUGCACACACACACUUACGUUUCAGUGUUCUGUUUACGUUUAUAAUAUGGUCACACGUGGACCCCUUGUGUGGGGUCAUAUGUCAGCCUACUUGUGAGCGAAAUCAUGGGGAUUAACUUAACAAUAGAUGGCCCUGUGUG